AUGAAGACAGCCAUGGCCAAAGGGAUCCUGGCAAAGCUCUCCAAGCUAAAGACCAUCUACCUGCUUGUGAUGUUUGCCAAACUCCUUAGCAUAACUGAAGGGCUUCAUCGGUACCUGCAAGGGGAGAGUUAUGACCUGGGUAGAGCGGCUCAGCAUAAAAUGGCAACUGUUCAAACCCUGACAGAUCUCCGCACAAAUGCAGGGGCUGAGGAUGUGUUUAUGAAGGCCAGAACCAUAUGGGAAGAAAAACCACCUCCAGCUCCCUGUUGGUCCCAGGCAGAAACAAAAAAGAUUGGAACAGUUUUUGGUGGAGUCAGCCUAUGGGUCAACCUCCAACUCUACCACCUCUGA